AUGCUGUUCGAAUUCGUCUGUGGCUACUUGCCCUUCGGGACUAACCUCGUCGAACCGCGCCAGGUCUGCUCGGCGGUGCUGCGCGGAAAGCUCAAGUUCCCCUCGGCCUACAAGGACGAGAUUGGGCGAGAUCUCAUCAAGGGCCUUUUGACACAGCCCGUGCUGAAGCGUUUGGGUGCCGGCGUGAACGGCCUGCAGGAUGUCUUCAAGCAUCCCUUUUUCGAGAUCCCAGGCCAAGCGAGCAUGUUCGACAAGCUCUUGGGACGAGAACUGGAGCCUCCCACGGACCAGAAGCGGCCCCACGGCUACUCGAAGGUGCGAACGACGUCCGUCGACGUCGGUGGGUUCCAGUCUCGGGCCGUCUCGUUGGUGUCGAGCUCGCGGCGCAUUCAGCUUCAGCUGAGCUCGGAUCGUCAGGAGCAGUUCGAGCUCUUUGAACAUCCCUUUUCCAAGGAGCCAGGUCAUGGGCCGGAGGUGGUGAAGCAGAACGGCUUCUUUUGCGACGCCACGGUCGGCGGCAUUCCACCACAGGUGCUGAGUGAUGAGCGAUUGGCACGUUUGCUGCAAGAGCAAAGCCCCACCACAGUGGCAGAGAGCCCGGUGGAGGCAUCGCACCAAGCGACGGCCAUCCAUGCCUAUGUGCAUGAGGACGAAGAGUUGGCACGGCUCCUACAAGCGGAGGAGGAUGACACCCGCACGGCGAGCCAUAGCACCGCGCCGCCGCGCAGGCGCCAUGGACACGAUCCUCGAGGCGGCACCAGUGCCUGGCCGCUCCUCCUGAGCGUCCUCAGCAGCGGCGCCUGCUUCGGCGGCUGCGCCGGGCUCCAGAUGGCUGCCUCUUUCAAUUGCGGGCAGACGGCGCUGUGGAUUUGCAGCUUGGGCGGGGCCGUCGUCGGACACUUGGCGAGCAACGACACGGUGCCCUUCCAGGGUCGCGUGCAUCAAGCGCAGGAGCCGCGCGACUCGGACUCCGAUUCGGAGGACGACUCCUUCUGUCGAGGUCUGGAUCAUGAGGUCAUCGAAGGUCAUACGAUUGGUCACACCUUCCACAGUACCAGCACUGGCCGUCGCGAGGCCGGCAACGUGGAGCACUUGAAGUGCAUGGUUUGCAUGGAGGAGUUUGUCGAGGGUGACACCUUGCGCAGCCUGCCUUGCUUGCACAGGUAUCACCAGCACUGUAUCGACCAAUGGCUCGCACGAAGCGCCGAGUGUCCAAUUUGUAAGCAGAAUAUCACUGCUCCCCAACGAGUGCAGCCAGCGAACACAGCUGCCACGGGGAAUGGCCUCACCAGGAUGCUCCGGUGGCGCUAGGCCGCUAGGCCAAUCGGAAGAUCGGAGAUGCAAAAAUCAUCCACGUCACUCCGCAUGGGAUCCUGGCGGGGGAGCCGCCAGCGGCUUGCCGCUGGCCGUGGUGAGAGCGCGUCAGCUGUUUCACAAUGUAUUGCAGGCAUACUCGCUCAUUCACUC